CGAGCCAAUGCGUGCCUCAGUUUCCCCGCACGCCACACUGUGGCAGGAGCGUGGGGCUCCUGGCAGACAUCAGCAGCCCCAUGGCAUGUCUGUGCCAACCCCUUUCCAUGCCGGGGGGUGGCUCUGGGGUGGCCGGAGACGUCCCAGCCCCUCCGCCAGCACGCAAGCCGGAAAACAUCUUCCAGAGCCGUCCCAGGCAGCAGCUGCCCCAGAGCUUCGGGGACAGGCAGGAGGGAGCGGAGGUUGAGCUGAGGCUGCCGACCCGGAGCUUGGGGGCACUUGGCAGGCUCCUGGUAGUGACAACAGGUCGUCCCAGCACUGAGUGGGUGAAGAUGCCAGCUGGCAGGGUGUUGGUGCUGGUGUUGGCAGCGGUGCUUUGCUGCGCCGGGCAGAAUCACCGGGAGGAGGCCGAGCGCAUCAUGGCCACCACGCCGGUCAUCGAUGGGCACAAUGACCUGCCCUGGCAGCUCCUCUCGAGGUUCAACAAUCAGCUGAGGCUGCCAGAAGCCAACCUCACCCUGCUGAAUGGCACCCACACCAACAUCCCCAAACUGCGCCGCGGGCACGUGGGGGGGCAGUUCUGGUCGGUGUACGUGCCCUGCAAGACGCAGGACAAGGACGCGGUGAGGCGCACGCUGGAGCAGAUCGAUGUCGUGCACCGCAUCUGCCAGCUCUACCCCGACACCUUCACCUGUGUCACCGACAGCACCGGCAUCCGUCGGGCUUUCCAGAGCCAGAAGGUCGCCAGCCUCAUGGGGGUGGAGGGCGGGCACUCCAUCGACAGCAGCCUGGGUGUCCUGAGAACCUUCUACCACCUGGGAGUGCGCUACAUGACCCUCACCCACAGCUGCAACACCCCCUGGGCUGACAACUGGCUGGUGGACACUGGGGAUGAGCCAGCCCAGCACCACGGGCUCUCAUCAUUUGGGAAGCUGGUGCUGGAGGAGAUGAACCGCCUGGGCAUGAUCGUGGACCUGGCUCAUGUCUCAGUGGAGACCAUGAAGAUGGUGCUGAACCUCUCCAAAGCCCCCGUCAUCUUCAGCCACUCCUCUGCCUACAGCCUCUGCCCGCACCGCCGCAACGUGCCAGAUGAUGUGCUGGGGAUGGUGGCCUCCACGGGCAGCCUGGUGAUGGUCAACUUCUACAAUGGCUACGUGACAUGCAGGGACACGGCCACACUGGCAGACGUGGCAGACCACAUGGACCAUGUGAAGAAGGUGGCUGGUGCCCAGUGCGUUGGCUUUGGCGGGGACUACGAUGGGGUCUCAGGGCUCCCCACUGGCCUGGAGGACGUCUCCACAUACCCUGCACUGGUGGCUGAGCUGCUGGCCAGGAACUGGACGGAGGCAGAGGUGAGGAUGGCCCUGGCUGAAAACCUGCUCCGUGUUUUUGAGAAGGUGGAGGAGGUGAAGAUGUCCCUGCGAGACACAGCUGCCCAGGACUCCCCCAUCCCCUUCGAGCAGCUGGACGGGACCUGCAGGACCCGCUAUGGCUACGCCAGCGGUGCCGGCACAGCCCGGAUCCCACUGCUGGUGCUGGUGCUGGUGCCCACCCUGCUCUCCUAGCACCCACCUCAGCCCCGCACCAGCCCGGUGGGAUGUCCCCUCCAGCCAAAUAAAACCGAGCUUCCAGCACCACUGGCCGCUGUGUCCCCCUGGGACCCCUUGGGGACACCCAGCAGGUUGUCACCGGGCACGGCCCCGCCACCACCCAGCCCGGCAGUGCCUGGGGAGAGCUGUCACCCCGCCGGCAGUGACACAUCCCG